AUGUGCUGCCCUGCGCCUCUGCUGCACCCCAAGUGCAGCGGGGCAGCGCUCCACCAUCAGCCAGCGGCCGCAUGCUGCAGCAGCCAGAGCAUGGCGCACAUCCCAUUUCCGCUGGCGCAGAGAAGGAUAUGCCAGCAUAAGUCUCCCUACUGCCAGUGUAGCAAAGGCAAAUUUGUGUGGAUUGUUGAUGAGAGGUUGAUCUUCCUUUCAGAACUCAUCCCUGUGGAAAGGGAUAAGAUGGGGUACAAGGAGCAAGUCCUGUGUGCCUGUGGCAUGGAGGUGGCAGCAGAGGCCAAGGAGAAAGGGAAAGGCAGGCAGGUGAAAGAAAGCAUACUUGUGUCGGUAUCUGUGCAGACCCAAUUCUUGGCAAUAAAGGGAGCUUUAAGGAGCACAAUUGAGUCUAGAUCAACCCCCAAAAUGUCCACUUUAUACCAGUCUUUGCUGCUUGCUGGACUCUGUGCAUUGGCCCAUUGCCAUAUUGUUCCUGAGAUCCAGGAAUACCCUGACCACCACUCUCACCACUCUCCUGAUGAAGAUGACGGUGGAAGCAAAACUUUGACCAGUUGGGAAUUAGCCCAGGACAAUGAUGAUGAUGCUUUUAACUACCAACAUCUUGCUUUAAUGGUCACCAGCAGUAAUCUUAUCAUCGCUCCUGUGAGUACUUUAAUUGCCUAUCUCUUCCCAUCCCUGACACAAUCAGCCACUCCAAGUCUCCAUUUUUCAGAACUUGGGUUUGAUUCCACAGAGCUCAGUGAGCAGAAGAAAAAGGAAGGUGUUUGCAUUCUCCUUCAUAUGUUAAACCGCAUUGAGGUUAAGCUCCAGAUGAACAUUGGGAAUGUCAUUUUUACAGACAGCAAAGUACAAGAGCUUCAGAACUUCUUGGAUGAUGCUGAAAAUCUCUAUCAAAAUUUUUCUGUUUGUUCUAAGAGAUAUGUAGAAACUGAGGACCCAAUGAACACCACAGAUGAUGCCUAUGGCAAGUUAGUUGACCUCAUCAAGGAUCUUGAUCCUGAUUUUGUGGUGGCUUACAUAAAUCAUACUUUCCUUAAAGCCUACACAAAGAAUCCAUUCUAUUACCGGCCUACUCAAGAAGAGGACUUCUUUUUGUCUAAUGGCACAACAGUAAAGGCUGAAAUGAUGCAUAAAGCCAGGUGUUACAACACUUAUUUUGACAAGGAACUGUCCUGUGAGGUGGUACAGAUGCCUUACAAAAGCAACACUUCUGCAUUCUUCAUUCUACCUGAUCAUGGGAAAAUGAAGCUGGUGGAAGAGGCCAUUGGGGAAAAGCUUUUUCAAAGAUGGAAUAAUUCACUGGAACCAAAAUGUUUGGAUAUACACAUUCCACAACUUUCACAGUCUACAGUUAAAAGUUCAGAUAGAAGUGAUGUAUUCUCAGACCAAUCUGGAAUUUCCAGGAAAGCUCAGCUGAAAAUAUCUAAGGCUAUCCAUAAAGCUCAUUUGAAUAUCCAUGAGAAUGGCACUGAAACUGCUGCCACCACUCUCAUUGAAAUGGCCCCAACUUCUUUCCUCCCUGUAUUUACGUUCAACAAGCCCUUCCUGUUUUCAAUUAUAGACGACACUACUGGUGUCACCUUGAUCUUCGGGAGAGUUAUGAAUCCUAAUGAACCCUUCAUAUCCUCUGCUCAGGAGGAGGAGAAGGCCUUACCGGUCUGGGCUCCCUGA